AUGUUACACAUCCUCAUCGUGGCCUUUGGGCUUUCGCUGGCGCAGCGAGCGCAUGGGCUCAGCUGUUUGGUGGCUAGGCCAGGUAAGGAUAUUAGAAUAGCCAGACCGGUUUUUAAGAUAUGGCUAAAAAACGUUAAAGGCUUUGAGUCAGUAAAACAGAGCUUUAACCGAGUCAUGCCUGCUUUGCCUAUGCUUACUUUCAAGUUCUGAUCUACGCAAGAGCAAGCCUUUUCAUGCCUUCUCCUAACUACAGCCGAUAUCAUUAUCAAUCCUGAUAUCAUUAUCUAAGUUCUAUUUUGUCUAAAAGUAAGGCUUGCUUUUCCAUGCACAAGAGCAAGACAGGGCAAGGCAAAGAGCGAUCUGCUCUGUUUCUAACAAGAAAGUUGCACCGCGUAUUCCUCGGCUUUUAGAGCAAUACCUUCACUUUUCAAAAGCUUUUGUGAACUACUUUUCAUAAAAACGACUAUCAUUUUAACAAUUUUAAAAUUGUUUUUCAGGCUACGGCUUGGUGAGUGAACGAUGUCCAUCUGGUUCAGUUGGUUGUCGAAUCAAAGUCGAUCAUAAUGCAAUACAGUUUUAUCAGUAUUCAGCAUUAUACGACCGGAAUCAACUUGUUUGUAUAUACAAGAAUGAAUAUGGUUUGAUGGAACAGAGUGGUUGUGUACAGAGAAAGGCUGGUAAGGGUGGAGCUUCAAGGCAAUUAUAAUACAGGAUAAUAAACGUACUCUUAAACAACUAAAACAACAUAGGUGUUACAAAGUAUUAAAUAGCACGGACGCUAGAUAACGUUAGCAUAUAUUCUUAUUGUACAUGAAUUAAAUUUUUAAUGUAAAAUACGUAAUUUCACAUAUCAUCCAAUAAGACUUUUAUUUUUAGGCAGAACCCGCUGCUGGUGUGUGCACGGUGAUGACUGUAACACUCCAGAAUACGCCAAACAAUUGUACGAAAAUUUCAAAGAUGGAGACAAAUUUGAUGCUGAUAAAGAGAAAAAUGAAUUUGAAGAGAUCAAGAAGAUCGUAAUCAAAGAAAAAGAAGAAAAACAUAAAACGAGAGAUGUUGAGAACAAAGAGAGUGCAGAGAAGUCAAAGGCUCACAAAGAUGCCAAACAUAUGACCGGAAAGACAUACGAUGGUCAUAAGGGUAACAAGAAAACGUACGACAAAAGUUUUGAUAGUACCAAAAGUACCAAAAAGACUAAAGAAGUUUUGUAUGACAGCUACAGCACUGAUGGUUCAGUAAAAACAGAAUCCAAGCACCAUCAUGGUCAUCAUCAUCACAAACAUAGCCAUAAACACAAUGAGGAAACGACUACAACAACAUUGGCUUCUAUUGUGUUUCCAGCUGAUAUCAAUGAUGCUAAAGUUAUCAGAGUUAACAGUAAAGACUCUUAUCAAAACUUUAUUGGAAGCGACAAGUUCAAAGAGGCUCUGGUAGAAGCUGAGCCCAUUGAAGUAAGUAAACUUGUUCUGCCUUGCCUUGCCCUACCUUUUAAACUUUACAGUAAUGUUGUUUUAGGAACAAUCCGAUGAGCCCUAUGACACAGAAGAAGUCGUAUUCUUGCCAUCUGAAGAAGCGGAGCCUCACCUUCGCUCUUUGGCCCAAUUCCGACCUGGUGCUCAUGAUUUAGAUGAUAUUAUGGAACCUGUUUAUGAAUUUUCAGCUUCUGUCUUAGUUCAUACUACAUUGACAUUUAUACUGUCAUUGAUUUCAUUUGCUGUUUUACGGUUUUUGUAA